UUCCUUUGUUGGUAAAUCAGGUCAGUUUGGGCAGGCAGACAGGAGAAAUGACAGACAAUGAAAUCAACUAUGCUUCUGUGGUCAUCCACAGUAAAAAAGAAUCCCAACUGGAGGCUCCAAGAGAAAAUAUUAUCUAUGAUGAAGUGAAGACGCAAAAUGCAACUAUGCAGCAAACUGAUCAUGCAAAAGACCCGGGGAAGCUCCAGACGGAAAAGGAAACAAAAGGAAAAUGUUGGAACUAUCAGCUGCUGGCUGCUGGUUUUGGGACCUUGUGUGUUUUUUUGACUUUGAGCAUCAUUGGAAUCUGUGUUCAUUUUUCAGCACUUUAUGAGGGUGAAAAAACCAAGCAGGCACGUCUACUGGAGGAAAAUCACAAACUCAGAUCAGACAAUGGAAACCUGACAAGUGGCUACUACAAUCUGACCAUCCUGUAUAACAACCUGACAGAACAAAUUCAUAAUAAUCUGAAUGAUCUAAAUGUGACUCGAGCUCAGUGGAGCGUUGAUGCCUACUGUCCCAAAGUAAAUGCAAGAAAAUGUUCUCCAUGUCAGGAAGGCUGGAAGCCGUAUCAGUCCAGCUGUUAUGCAUAUAAUAACGCUGAGCCUGCUCGUCAGAGAACCUGGGCAGGAGCACGAGACGACUGCAGAGGAAAGAGUUCUGAUCUGACUGUUGUUGCUGAUGAACAAGAAAGGAAUUACGUCUUUACUAUCAGUGUCCCUGAAACUGGAAUCACUGGAUUCUGGAUCGGCCUCAGAGCCGUAAACGGGACAUGGAAAUGGAUCGAUGGAACUGACCUGACCAACCAGGGUUGGGUGGAUUAUCCUGCUGCUGAAGGUCUGUGUGUAACUUCUCUCAAAGUCUCUGGAGAUAAGUGGAUAUCUAAGAGCUGUAAUACCACAAACGCAUGGAUCUGUGAGAAGAAGGCCUUAUCAGUUUGAAGUUAAAAUAUUUAGAUUUUGAGAGAUUGGAAUAAACAUUUUAUUGUAAAGUUAUGUUAAUUUCAUACCUUCAGGUUCACAAACUGUUAGGCUGGCCUGCCAGACUCCUCCUCAGUUUAAUUCGGCACAGAGGAAGAGUCUGGGAACUCUCCUAUUCAAAUAACCCCACCCCGUGAGAAUUCUAACCGAGCCAGUCGGCGCUGAGCAGCGUACGUCACACACCACGACACCGAGUUUGUCGAACAUGACAACUGAAGCGGUGUUCGCUGCGGCUUUUUCCUCUGUUCUUAAUGACUUGGACACAACAAGCAGAAGUGUUUAAAGCCUUUCUUCUAAAGAAAGAUGUUUGCGCUGUCGCCAGACUCCAUUUUUACUACAGCUAAAAAAACUACAGCGUCACGGACGUCACACAUAUCGACGCUCAGUUUCUCAUAAACAACAAAGACAGCGGCAGAGUUUGCUGUGGCUCUUUCCUCUGUUCUAAAUGACUCAAAUGCCUUUAAAAUCACAAGUAAAAGCGCUAAAAGCAUUUAUUCUAAAACAAAA